UUUUCUGCAUUGUCAAAAUAUAGAGUAUACCUAUAUUAUUUGAUAUAGAUAAAUUAAAAUCCACACAUUACUUCAUUUAGUCGAUAUAAGCACGUAUUCCAACCUAGGCCUAGGCCAAGCCAGACAAUGCGGCGUGGAUCCUGUCUGUGGCGAUUUGAAGCAGCUGCAGCUUUCUGAUUGAGACUAGAAAGUUGCUCAUUCUCCCUACUCAACUUUUAAGCCUAGGACUGUGUUUCUUUUGAACUGAUUUUCGUGUUCCACGGUCUUUUACCCAAGGAGGUUUUGUAUUAAAACAACAUUUGAACCAUGGUUGAAGCUGUGCCUGAUCAUAUCAACUUCCCAAAAGAAGAAGAAAAGAUUCUAGAACUCUGGAAGGCGAUUGACGCCUUCAAUAAUUGUCUGAAGCAAUCGAAAGGCAAACCAAGGUACUCAUUUUACGAUGGCCCACCAUUUGCCACUGGUCUGCCUCAUUAUGGUCACAUCCUAGCAGGCACCAUUAAGGACAUUGUCACUCGCUAUGCCCAUCAGAAUGGAUUCCAUGUAGAGAGGCGUUUUGGCUGGGAUUGCCAUGGUUUACCAGUGGAGUACGAAAUUGAUAAGAAGCUUGGUAUCACAGGCCCUGAAGAUGUCAUGAAGAUGGGUAUCACAAAUUACAAUAAGGAAUGCAGGCAGAUUGUAAUGCGGUACUCAAGUGAAUGGGAGUUUAUUGUGAAUCGUUUAGGGCGUUGGAUCGACUUCAAGAAUGACUACAAGACCAUGUACCCCUGGUUUAUGGAAACCAUCUGGUGGGUGUUUAAACAGCUCUUUGAAAAGGGCCUAGUCUACAGAGGUUUCAAGGUGAUGCCCUUCUCAACAGCUUGUAGCACCCCCUUGUCAAACUUUGAGUCUGGCCAGAACUACAAGGAUGUAGUAGACCCUGCAGUAAUUGUAAACUUCCCACUGGAUGAUGACCCAAAUGUUUCGGUGAUCGCCUGGACAACGACACCUUGGACAUUGCCUAGCAACCUGGCCUUGUGCGUCCAUCCACAGUUGGACUAUGUCAAGAUCAAGCAUGUGAAAGAUGACAAAGUCUAUAUAAUGAUGGAAGCUCGCUUGGGGGCGCUUUUCAAGAAGGAGAAUGAAUAUGAAAUUCUUGAAAGGUUCAAAGGUAGUACAUUAAAAGGAAAGAAAUACAAACCACUGUUCAACUACUUCUUAGAGCUGAAGAAAACUGGAGCCUUCACGAUCUGUAAUGACACGUAUGUUACAGAGGACAGUGGUACUGGAGUUGUCCACCAAGCUGCCUACUUUGGAGCUGAUGAUUACAGAGUGUGCUUAGAACAUGGCGUCAUCACUAAAGAAAUGAUUGUCUGCCCCGUUGAUGAAUCAGGCAAGUUUACUCAAGAGGUCACAGACUUUGCAGGUCAAUAUGUAAAGGAUGCUGAUAAAAACAUCAUUCGCUGGUUGAAGCAGAAUGGACGUCUGGUUGAUCAGAGCACAUACAAACACAGCUACCCAUUCUGUUGGCGAUCUGAGACCCCACUCAUCUACAAAGCUGUACCGAGUUGGUUUAUCCGGGUUGAGCCCCUUGUAGAGAAACUGCUGGCUAAUAAUCAGAAGACGUACUGGGUACCUGAGUUCGUUAAGGAGAAGCGCUUUGCAAACUGGUUACGUGAUGCUCGUGAUUGGGCAGUGUCACGUAAUCGAUACUGGGGUACACCGAUCCCGCUGUGGGUUAGUGAAGAUUUGGAGGAAGUUGUCUGCAUUGGGUCUAUCCAACAACUUGAAGAGUUGUCAGGACAUAAAGUCACAGAUCUUCAUCGAGAAAAUGUUGACGGCUUAACCAUUCCAUCCAAACGUCCAGGACAUCCUCCUUUGAAGAGAGUGUCAGAGGUUUUUGACUGCUGGUUUGAAAGUGGAAGCAUGCCUUACGCUCAGCAACAUUACCCAUUUGAACACAAAAGGGAAUUUGAAGACUGUUUCCCGGCGGAUUUCAUUGCGGAAGGAAUUGAUCAGACCAGAGGAUGGUUUUACACACUGUUGGUGUUAUCCACUGCUUUGUUCGACGAACCUCCUUUCAAGAACCUGAUAGCAAACGGUCUUGUAUUGGCUUCCGAUGGCCAGAAGAUGAGCAAACGCAAGAAAAACUAUCCUGACCCGUUAAAUGUGGUCGAUAAGUAUGGUGCUGAUGCUCUAAGACUGUAUCUGAUCAACUCCCCUGUUGUGCGAGCUGAGAGUCUUCGCUUCAAAGAAUCUGGAGUUAAAGACGUCUUGAAAGAUGUAUUUCUACCAUGGUACAAUGCCUACCGCUUCUUGAUUCAAAACGUCCAGAGAUUUGAAAUUGAGGAUAGUGAGGUACUGAUGUUCAACGAGGAUGAAUUUAUCCCAAGUGGCAAUUUUAUGGACAAGUGGAUCCUUUCCUUCACUCAGAGUCUCAUCAAGUUUGUGAGACAGGAAAUGGCAGCUUACAGGCUAUACACAGUCAUUCCACAGUUAGUCAAGUUUGUUGAUAAACUCACCAAUUGGUAUGUGCGUUCCAACAGGAAACGUAUUAAGGGUGAGGGCGGUGUUCAGGAUUGCAGGCAUGCAUUGGAGACCCUAUUCAUGGUUCUAUUUUCAAUGGUGAAGGUGAUGGCACCUUUCACUCCAUUUCUAACGGAACUUAUCUACCAGAAUCUACGUAAACUUGUUGAUCCCGAGAGCACAAAGGGGAUUAACGUCGACAGCGUACACUACCUAAUGAUUCCGAAACCAAGGGAAGAUUUGAUCAACCCGGACAUUGAACGUGCCGUUGCACGCAUGCAGUCCACCAUUGAGCUUGGCCGAGUUAUUCGAGACCGCAAGACCAUGCCGACUAAGUAUCCGCUCAGGGAAGUAGUGGUUAUUCACCCUGAUGAGCAGUGUCUAAAGGACGUAACAAGUCUAGAACAGUACAUCUUAGAGGAAUUAAAUAUACGUAGCCUGACAACGUCGCAGGAUCAGUUAAAAUAUGGUGUCUCACUGAAAGCUGAGCCAGACAGCAUGGUCCUAGGAAAGCGAUUAAAAGGCAGCUUCAAAGCAGUGUCACAAGCCAUCCGAGAACUCACAAACGAGCAACUGAAAUGCUUCCGUGAGACAGGUGAAAUUGAUGUUUUAGGCCACAAGCUUGGUGAAGAUGACCUGCGCUUGACAUACACAUUUGCACAGGGAGUCAAUGGAGCUACCUCAAAGUAUGAAGCCCAUUCUGACAAUGAGAUUUUAGUGCUGCUAGAUGUAACGCCGGAUCAGUCAAUGUUGGAUGAAGGCAUAGCAAGAGAGGUGAUUAACCGCAUCCAAAAACUACGAAAGAAGGCAGGCCUUCAACCUGUUGAUAAGAUUGGCAUUUUCUAUGAUGUUGAGCCAUCUACUGCAAGUUUAGCCUCCAUUAUUCCCAGUCACUCAGAAUACAUCUUCAACACUAUCAAGCAGCCACUUAGUGCCUACCCUCCAACAGGAACAGAAAUCAUCACAGAGACCACUGAUCUCAAAGGAACCAAAUUGAAACUGACCAUCGUAAGACGAGAUGGAGACGACAACAAUACUUCUUCUACCUCAAAUGACGUACAAGUUAAGAGCAUUCCUAAACCAGAAACAAAUCCAGCAUGCCGCUACAUCAACUUAAUGCUAUGCAAUGCUAAGCCUGAGACUGGCUCAACAAGUUGCUUUGGGUCUCUGCUCCUGGAGAACCCCAAAGGGGAAUCCCCCAUUGGCUAUGAUGUAAUGAAGCAGCAAGUUCAAGUUGUAUUUGGCCUGCGAGGGAAGGUGUUGAAAAUUUACAAAUCGCCUGAUCAAUCUUCAGAAUUUGUGUCAUCAGACUUGGGUAACCUAGAUGCAUUGUCUGGCUCAACGCUUUACGUGUUUGUGGCAUCGGUGUUGUCCAGCAAUACUGCAGCACCAGUCAACGCUACAAGCCCUCUAUGCCGGUUUGUGAACGUGGAGCUACACAGUAAAUCAAACACUAGGACAGGCACAGUCCUCCUUGAAAACCCACAAGAAAAUUUUGCAAUGGAGUUUGCUACACUGAGACAACAAGUGGAUGCCAUGUUCAGCCUAGCAGGAAAACCAGUUACCAUCUGCCAAUCAAAUAAGAAAGAAAAAGUUUUGACAUGUGACUCGGCAAAUGAUGUCCUAAGUUUUCAUGGCACAACACUACACGCAUUUGUGUGAAGAAUCCGAUAAAUAUCUUAGAUAAUUAGUAAACUAACAUGUCAGUUUUUGGAGCAGCUAACAUAGAUUUAUUAUGCUAUUAAUGUCUGUUACAUGAUUAUUCUGCUGUUUUCAGUGGUUGAUGAGUGCCUUCCUAACAAGAAUUGUCAGUAGAUAUUUAUUUUUGCCAAUCCAAUUUUUCUUUUUUUCUGGCUGUCACUAGAUUUUUUUUUUUCAAUUAUCUUUUUUUUUUUAAAGUUUGCAAUUUGCCAAUUACUGGAUGCAAUACACUCUGGUGGAAAAGACCACCUUUGGUACAGUGGUGUCCCGGUUUUUAGCAUCACUAAUUAGAAAAAUAACUAUCAUAAAAAUAAGGGAUAAGUGCUCAUCCAGGGCCCCAAAAAGUGGUCUUUAAAUUGGAGGUGGUCUUUAUUUGGAAGGGUCUUUAAUUAGAGUGAGACCUGUAAUUAGACCAAAAAGCUAAACCUGAGAGACCAAAAAUCUAGGGUUAGCAAAACUUGAUAAAACUCAAAGGAGAAGCACUAUACAAAUACUCAUAAACAUAAAGUAACCAAUACUUAUUGAUCCCUGUUGCUAUGGGUGUGAGAGCAUCUGUAACCUUGGUGAUGGUUCCAUAUCUGUAAGGAUAAAUGGGUUUGCUUUUUUGGAUUUCAUUGGAUUACCCCAGUGGUUAUCAUUCCAUCGCCCAGAAUAUAAUACAUGGGGUCACAGAGAGUAAUGGUCAGCCAAGUAUUACAAUGUAUCAUGCAAUUUAUAUUUCUACCCAUAAUUUUAAUAAAAUAUAUCUAAAUAUAUAAAUGGUUAUUAAACACUUUAUAAUAUGAUGGCAUUUUGGCAUCACAUAUUCAAUUUUAAUAGUCAUAAAUUAUCUCUAAAAUAAUUGAAUACAAUAAUAUAUUGGAUUUAAGAAAUUUAAAUGCUUUAAAUAAUUCAAUUUUGGUAACUUUAUAAAAGAAUGUUAUUAAAGGCAUGGGUGACUUAUAAAUUCAGUCAACUUUUUUAGGAGGCAUGUCCCAGUUACUGAUUAAGGUUUAAAAUAACGUUGGCCUCAUAAAGUGUGCUCGUGCUAAGUAAUGUUGGAAUAUAUCGUACUUAUGCUUUAGUAAGCAAAACUUUAUAAAAACAGUUGCUUAACAGAAUGAAUUGUAUUAUUGCAUCAUGAAGGUGUUAUAAACAGAUGCGGUAAUUGACACGGGAAAAGACGAGGAAACAGGGGACUUAAGCUCAGUUAGAACAGGCCAACUCCAGACACAAAUAGCAAUUGUUUCUUUUUAACUCUUUAGGUAAAGUCUAAUACAUUCUAAAACAACUCAGAACAGUCUAAGAAAACCCUAACUUUUGUCAGUUUCCGUGGGCACCAGGAGGUGUAGUGUUGUGUUUCAACUGGGACUCACCCAUGAACUCUGUCAAGGCCUGGCGACCCCAACUGCUUCAACUAGAAAUGUCAGACACCCCUGUUGAAAUGCUUUACCCCUCUGUAAAAUCUUAUUAAUCUUACCAGCAAUUUUUAGAAGAAUAAUGAUGUAACUGAUUUUGUGUGGGUUAGAUUUAAUAUAUAAAAGGGAAGUAUAGUUGAGCUGGUAUAGUGGUUCAUAACUUAAAGGUGAAGUACUAUACAAAUACUUAUUAACAUAAAGUAACCAAUAAUUAUUGACCUCUGUUCCAAUGGGUGUGAGAACAUCUGUAAUCUUGGUGAUGGCAAUGUCCAUGUCUGUAACGAUAAAUGUGAUUUCAUUUUUUGGAAAUAAAAGUCUUAUUAACAAUAAGGAAAA